UAUUUCUUUUUUUAUAUUUCAGUUAUGGCACACAAAUAUUGCGAAAUAAAUGGUUCAUGGUUUCGACAUCCAGAAUCUCGUACAGUUUGGAGUAAUUACACGACUUGCAUUAACAUCGAUGAUUUACACUGGCAGCAAGGUAUCAAUUGUAUUUAUGAAGUAGGCUAUGCGAUAUCAUUAGUGGCUCUUCUUUUGUCAUUAGCAAUUCUCACAUAUUUUAAAUCGUUGAGAUGUGCUAGGAUAACUUUGCACAUGAAUUUGUUCGUAUCGUUCGCCUUAAACAACGCAUUAUGGUUAAUCUGGUACGGAUUUGUCGUAGCCAAUACGAAUCUUUUAUUAAACAAUAGCAUAAUAUGUCGAUUAUUGCACGUGGUUCUUCAUUAUUUCUUGUUAACAAAUUACGCAUGGAUGCUUUGCGAAGGAUUUUAUCUUCACACUUUACUCGUAAUGGCGUUUACCAGCGAACACAAAUUGGUCAACUGGUUGGUGGCACUUGGUUGGUCAAUGCCAGGUCUCAUAGUAACCGUUUAUGCUAUUUUAAGGGCAACAAGCAACGAUCCGGUUGACACCCAACAAUGUUGGAUCAACGAGGGUAAUUACAUGGGUGCAUUGGUUUAUCCAGUAUGCGUUUCUACUUUGUUGAACGUUUUAUUUUUAUUCAACAUCGUACGUGUAUUAUUGAUGAAACUGCGUGCUGGUCCAGCUAUAGGAACUCGACCAUCAAGAUCAAUGCUACAAGCUUUUAGAGCAACGAUGUUAUUGGUACCACUUCUUGGACUCCACUAUCUAGUCAUCCCUUUCAGACCACCUAAGAAACACCCUUGGGAACAUGCUUACGAAGUUAUAUCAGCGAUUACAGCAUCUUUCCAAGGUCUCUGCGUUGCUAUCUUUUUCUGCUUCUGUAACGGAGAGGUGAUAGCACAAUUUAAAAGAAAAUGGGAAGGUACGAUGAUGUUAAGGAGACGAACGAAUUCCUGCACGGCCACUACUGUCUCGGUCCGGUGGCGGGAGAGGAGAAGGUGUGACUAUCAAUCCGCGAUGUCGGUUGAAUUAGAUAAAUACGAAGAAGAAAAUAAUGAUGAUGAUGAUGAUGAUAAUGGUGGUGGUGAUAAUAAUCUUAAUCAACGUCAACGUCAACGACAACGACAACAACAACAACAACAACAACAACAGGAAAGUUCUAUGCAAUUGGUUGCACGUAGUGAAAAUAAUACUACUACUAUUACAACUACUACUACAACUACUACAACUACUAUUACUACUGCCAAUAAUAACAGUCACGACGCUAAUAAUAUUUUAUUAAAACCAAACGAAACGAAAGGACAACAGCAACAACAAUAAUCAUCGAGUCCGAACAAACGCAAUGUUGAUGGAUGAUAUAAACAAAAAUUCUUUUUUCAUUAUUAAUUAAAAAGAAAAGAAAAAUUAUAUAUAUAUAUGAUUUAUUAAUAGUAGGUUUUCUUUUGCUUGAUCAAAUUUACUUUUGCCAUUA